CUCUCUUUUCCCCGUUCUGUCUCUCUUCCCCUUCACUUUCUCUCUCUGAAUCUCUCUCUCGACAGAAUCCAGACACCGCCGUUCCAGCGACAGGCGCAACGGUUCCGCCGUCAGGCGGUGGAAUUAGACCACAUAAUCACCAUCAUUAGAUUCCACCUAGCACCCGGCACCCAUCCUCUACAUUUGUUUCUAGAAAUUCGAAUCCAAACCCGUUGAUUUAUUUAGCUCUGACGCGGCUCAAUUCUCCGGCGAGUUUCUCACCGUUUCCGGCGAAGGUAAGCUUCAUACUACUACCAAGCGUUCUAUCUUGAUGAGUACAUCAAGACUCACGUAUUGCAUGUGUUGAUUAGUGAAGUUUUAGUGCUAGACACAAAGAGUGGAUCACCGUCACCGAAAGACCAAUACAACAAAAGCAGCAGAAAACCCUAAUUCCUUUGUUUUUCUAGGUCACAAAAACCCUAAUUCCACCUAUAACAUAGUUGAGUGGUUUUGUUCUUCCUGUCUGCGAAUCUGUGAUUGUUUUGCUUUUUCAAUGGCCACUCCAAGGUGUGAUCAAGCUAGUAAUAUAGAUAGAUUCACUAAUCUCCCAACUGAGAUCGCUCAUGAUAUUUUGUCCCGCCUCAACUUCAAAGACCUCACUAGGGUUGGCUGCGUGUCCAAAACAUGCAGAGAUUUUUAUAUGUCAACCCCGUACAUGAUUUUUCAUGAUUUUUCCGGUGUGGUGGGUACACUUUGAGUAGGUUCUUCAUUCAACGUGGAGUGCAUCAUAAGAUCCAAUGCUUUCGCUUUUGUUGGAACCUUCGUGAUUAUUUUCAUGAUGACGACUAUGAUGUUUAUUUCCAAUCGCUAUUGAGGGAAUGGAUUGAAAUUGCAGUGAAGUGCAAUGUUGAAGUGAUUCAUCUUGUUAUCACUCCUAUUACGUUUGGAGAGCUUCCUGCUUCCCUCUUAUACUGUAGAUCGUUGAAAUCUCUGCUUGUGCAAAUGAAGUGCAGGAUUAGUGAUGUUGCCUCCAUGGAUUCUUCGUUUAAUCUCGAAUACGUACCUGAGGUUCAAAGAUGUUUCGAUAAACAAUGAUGAUGAUCGAUUUUUGAAUUGGAUUUCAGCUUGCUGCACAUGCAUGAAGGAAUUACUUCUUAAAGAUUGUGUUGGGGUCAACAAUCUUGUCAUUGAAAGCUCAUCUCUGGAAUCAAUUUGGUAUGAGUCUCAUGCCUACAACGACAAACGCCAUGUUAACAUCUCAUGUGACAGACUUGAAAAAUUACAUUUCAAUGCACCGAUUGGGGGGAAGACAGACAGAUUGGUCAACAUUUCUGCUCCAAAUCUCAAGUAUUUGGAAUGGUUUGGGGAAUUUAUGACUCGCCUGAAUCUUGGAAACUUAAUGUGCUUGGAGAAGGCUGAGACUUCUUCUUCAUUUAUGACCUGUAAUUUUGAUGGCUUAUUUGAUUUUCUUUGUAGCAUCCGCAAGGUUAAAGUUCUUAUUCUGCAUCCAGAUAUUGUUGAGCGUCUAUGGUUAAAUUGUGACUAUUGGAAAUCGAAAGAGAUUUCAUUUAUUUCCCAAGCCAAGGAGGUAGUCAUACAGUAUCAAUGCCGUUCAUAUGUUAUUGAGUUCGCAUAUUAUAUUCUCGGGCAUGCUCAUGAUUAGGAGAGGAUGACCAUAUACUAUCCUGGGCGUCCUGAUGCACACAAGGCCGUGAUGAAGUUGAGGACAGAGGUGAUGGCGAAAGGAAUUCCGUUUUACAGAAUUACGACCGGUUAUGACAUUUAUAGGGUUAGAUCUCUACUUAGCUCGAUUCGAUCUUUGGAUGAUUUUGUUUAAUUUUCUUUGUUUACUGCUAAGGUGAUUUCCAGUGACAAUGUUCCCUUCAGGUCAGGAGAUUUGAAAUGUGAACACAUAUUUUUAGAUGCAUAUAUAGUAGUUGUCAAUACGAUGCAUGACUGUUAUGUUUUGACAUUGUAACGAAUGAAUUAUUUAGUUGAUUUUCCCCGU